AAUGCCAAAAGGUUGGGCACGGGAUAACUUUUCAUAUUUUGUGACACUCCAUAACAUGUAUUCAUGUAUCUCCCAAAGGUUUUUCGGCACAAUUGCCGGAAGCACUUGGCUACAAACUCCGUGACGGGGAAGGGUUUGUAACAUUGUAACGUGUGUAAUGCUACUGGAGAUACAAACUGUCAAACCAGCUGAAGCUGCAGGAGCAGCAACUGACGCACGCGACCAUGAAUGUCUUUGUAAACUGCCUGAAAAGGAGGGCGCAUGUUUGGAGAAGGGAGCUGUGUCAUUUACAAAAUGGUCAGUUUACAUUUGUGCAGCAAGCAUCAAUUCAACAUCAUACAGAUAAACAAAAGUUGCCACGUGCAAUUCACUUUGCCCAGGCUGGCUUACAUAUAAGGUUCAGUUCCAGGACUUUUUCCAGUUCACACUGCUUAUGCAAAAGAAAUAAAAACUGGACUGAUCACUCCAAGGCAACAAAAGAAGAUAAUGAUGACGAGGACAAUUAUAGUGAUGAUGAAGGUGCAGAGGAUGUUAUUAUUGAGGAAAGUGAAGUGGAUGAACUAUUUGAACAGUUUGUACCAACCACUGUGGGCCAUGGAGAUCACAGGGUGUUCAUCGUGCACCCUGAGGUGAAGUGGGGAAGUAAAAAACAGCAUUUAACCACAGCUGAGCUUCAAAUGGCAGAGGCGGUGGGUCUGAUCCAGACAUUACAAAACUGGACAGUAGUGGACAAGAUCAUAAUGUCCACAAAGACACCAGAAAAGAGGAAGAUAUUUGGCAAGGGCAACUUCCAAACCCUUACAGAAAAAAUCAGGAAGACCCCUGGGAUCACUGCAGUGUUUGUGAAUGUAGAACGUCUGUCUCCAUCUGCUGAGAAAGAACUACAGGAUGCCUGGGGAGUUAAGGUCUUCGAUAGGUGCACAGUGGUGCUCCAUAUCUUCCGCAGGAAUGCACGCACCAAGGAGGCCAAACUUCAGAUCUCUCUUGCAGAGAUUCCCCUUUUAAGAUCAAGUCUGAAGAAUGAAGUGGCAAAUCUCGAUCAGCAAGGUGGAGGCUCGAGGUACAUUAUGGGUUCAGGUGAGACAGCGAUGGAGGUGCAACAAAGGCUCCUGAGGGAUCGAGAGCUGAGGAUCCGGGCCACUCUGGAGCGCCUGAGGCGCAAGAGGCUCCUGCUCCGCUCCCAGCGCAAGAACAAGGAGUUCCCCAUCGUGUCUGUCAUGGGCUACACCAACUGUGGAAAGACCACCCUCAUCAAAGCCCUGACAGGUGAUGCUGGCCUGCAGCCCAAAGACCAGCUGUUUGCCACGCUGGAUGUGACGGUGCAUGCAGGGCAGCUGCCCAGCCGCAUGGCCGUCCUCUACGUGGACACCAUCGGCUUCCUGUCCCAGCUGCCCCAUCAGCUCAUUGACUCCUUCUCCGCCACGCUGGAGGACGUGGCACAUUCGGACCUCAUUAUUCAUGUGCGAGAUAUCAGCCACCCGGAGACUGCAUACCAGAAGGCCAACGUGCUAAACGUUCUGCAGAACCUGCAGAUCCCAGACAAACUCAUGAGCUCCAUCGUAGAAGUCCAUAACAAGGUCGACCUCGUCAGCGAGUACCAACCCACGGAGCCUGACUGCUUGCCCAUCUCAGCACUGAAAGGUACAGGUUUGGACGACCUUUCACAGAAAGUGGAGGAAAGAAUCCUGCAGUCCACAGGGAAGCAAGUCAUGUGCCUUAAAGUGGACCUCAGCAGCCCUCAACUGGGCUGGCUGUAUAAAGAGGCCACUGUGCAGGAAGUGGAGUCGGGAGGAGACGACUGCAUUGCCAGUGUCAAGGUCAUCAUCAGUGCUGCUGCAUACGGACGCUACAGGAAGCUGUUCCACAAGGCAUGAUGAUGACACCCACAGACUAUCCUUAGCCACAUUGGUGAUGGUGCAGAUCCAUAGCAGCAGCACCAGCAGCAGUAAUGAUGUCUUUUUUGGGCCUUUUAUUCAUGAAAGGACAGUGAGAGAAACAGGAAGCGAGUGGGGAGAGAGAGACGGGGAAGGGCAAACAAAGGACCCGAGCCGGAAUCAAACCCGGGUCG